AUGGAAUCCCAUUAUCAAAAAUUCCUUGGCCAGCUGGCUAUUCUACUGAGCAACAGUGAGGGCCCUAUACCAGCCACGGAGAAAGCUGUGAAAGAGAGGAUUCAGGAAAUUGGUGCAAAUGAGCAAUCUUGGAAGUCUAGAACUGAAGGUCUUCAGCAGGAAAUUCAGAUGCUUACUAGGCAGCUGGAGCAGUUGCAUCAUCACCGUAAAGAAACUACUCAGGAAUCAUUCCAAAUGAAAGAACAGUAUAAGGGACAAAAAAUUCCACAAUGUUUGGAAGGAAAAAUUGAAAACGCUAAGACUAAGAAUUCCCAGAUAGAUGAACACAGUAGGAUGUUCAAACAUCUAGAGAAAGACAGCAUGCAACAAAAAUUAUUGACUAUUCAACAGAAUUUAGAAAUCUCUACCACUCAAAGAUUAGAAGAGAAAAUUCAGAAACUUCAGAAACACCUCAGUGAUUUGAAAUUGUCAAAUAAAAAUAUGAAAAGUCAACUGACAAGAGUAAAUAUUCUUAAAGACAAGACAAUUAAAAAGCUCAGGCAAUCUUUAAUAAAAGCUGAAACGAUGAGAGGGAAGACCCUUAUGAAAACUGACAACUUGAGAACUGCAUCAGACUCUGCCAAGCAUGAGGAGAGAAUGGUCAAAGAGAAGAACCAGCAGGUGUUAAAAGCUAGCUCUCCUGAGCUCUGCCCAGCUAAGAGCUCACUUGAAGAAGUAUCAGGGAAACAAGAGCUUGUUGACUUUCAAGAAACAAUUAUGAAGAUGUUGGGAUUUAAUGUGAAAGCAGCACACAAAGAGAUUAUCAAUCAUCUACGGCUUGUUAUACAAGUUUAUGAAGCAUCUGAGAAAUCAAAGACCAAUCCUGAUUGUGAGACUGGAAAGGAAAAUGAAUAG